AGUCAAUCAGGCUACGGACUCACAUUACUGCUCCACGACAUACAACGACUACGACCCAUUUUUACCCCAAAGAACGGGGAGUUUAUUUCGAAGUGUAAUUUGCCAUGGCCUUGCACUUGCUUCCAUCCGCGUUUAUACAUUGCUAUGUACAAUUUUUAUCCCUGAAAAUUGAUUAUUUCAAUCUUUAAGGAUCUUGAACUCGACCUCGUCGCCCUGGUUACCGUAGUUCUCAUUUAUAUCAUAAAAAUAUCUUCCUACUCUACAAACUAAGUACAACCCGGCACGACCAAGAAAAUGGCCGAUUUUCUCCAAAUGUGGCUGUACAACCAGGCGGCCUUCAAUUUCGACAAGAAGAUGCAACAAGCCGCGAUCACUCAAAAAACCGCGGAGCGCAAAGAGUGGGUGCAGCUGUAUCGGGAAGACAUCAACAACUUAUGGCACAUGACGGUAAAACGCAUGGACAUCUUUAUCACGUUGAACAGUCUGGAAAUGCUUGCUUUAAUCGCCCUGGUCCCCACGCCCGUGGUCCACGAGACCUUCCGGUGGCUGAAUUCCAGCUACUACGACCUGCCCGCGGACGAGAACACGAAAAGAGGGAUUUUGCUCUCCCCCCCGGUGUUCAUGAACUAUCAAAUGCAAAUAUGUCUGGGUCUGGAAGAUUGCGAGAUUUGUCAUGCUGAUCAGGCAUGGCCCUUAAAUCUGUAUUGCGUAGGGCCAUCGAAACAGCCUCUCUCGCCUGUCAUGCAAAAACACAGUUUCUCAUGCGCAAUAUGCAGCACAGAAGCACGAAAAAACUUAUCAUGCUUGGCGGCGCAUUACAGUGCGUUUGUUAUUGACUGUCUUGCAUCACAAGUUUCCAGAUCCAGACCCAGACAUUUUUGCAUUUGAUACGAACCAGCAGUCAACGAGUGAGUCCUUGUUGAUCAUCUACGUCCUAGCUUUCGUCAUGCCCAGCGCUUUCUUGCUCUUCUCCACUUGGCUGGCCAUCGAAGCGAGCAUCCUGGCGCUUAUCCUGAGCAAAAACGUCCUGAUCCCAGAGUCAAGAUGGGGAUCUAGCAACACAAAUCUCCAAGUUUUGGGAGCUGUGCAUGACAACUUUCCCUCUGUAGUGUAGGGCUCGUUGGCACGGGAAGCUGCAUGAGAAGGCCAAUCUCUCAUCCUGUUGACAGCAUCACAAAUGUCAAAACACGGUUAGAAAUGCCUCUCAUGGCGCUGCGCAUUACAAAUGCUCCUGUCAUUGCACAUUUGCAUGACAGCUCUGGGGUGGGGACGUUUUUACUCAGGAUAGCGCAGGUCUGCGGGUUAUCCAUGCAGAUGCAGUGCAAGCAGUUGCGGGCUUUGCCGACGGGGGUGGACGUCGAUCGGGGGCGAGCCAGGGGACAGGAUUUUGAGGAAACCGAUAAGGAACUGCAGUUGCGCAUCCCUUUCGUGCGAAGGAUCUCUAGGUUUGUCAGGUCGACGUUUGGAGGAGGAGCAGGCGGUAAUGAUCAUAUCAAUGGGGGCCGUUCAUCUCGAAGGACUACUCGUCCUGGCCUCGGAAGAGAGACGACGACGGGUGUCUUCGGUAGUACAGGGGAAGAUCAUGAUGACGCAAAUGGAGUAGAACAACUACAUGGGUCCUCAUCAGGCAACGACGAUGCUGCACAAGAAGCGGAUCUAUACAACUACGAACCCGAUCCGAUAGACGAAUACCUGCUCAACGAAAAUAUGGAAAGAGAGUUGAGGAAAAGGUACCUGGGAUUAACCAGUUUGCGGGAUGAAGAGUACGAAAAAUUUGCGGCGAACAGGAUAAAAUACCAAUUACCAGACUUUGCCGCAGAUGAUAAUGAUAUUCAUGUUGGUGGGAUAUCAAGCAACUAUCAAGAUCAACCGGAUGAAGCGGGUUUUUCUUCUGAAUCUGAUGAUCAAAAUGGCGAGAAUAGUGGUGCGCGGGUAAUUCAUGCCGACAGUGAGGAAGAAGACCUGGACCUUGUUGGUAGAACACAUUCAUCUCGACGUCGGACUCGGAACACAAACGCGUUCGCUGUUCCCGAAAGAAACGUAGAGUUCAUUGAAAGAGAGAAGAUCAAUAGACGAAGGAGGAGACAACUGAACCCACAAUCAAAAGCAGUGCAAAACCCCCGCCCGCCAGUCCCCACGCUCGCCAGCGAUUCCGCGAAUCCUCCGGGCAGUAAGUUAAUCUGCAUGAAGCGCGGGCACCUGCGGACCUACCGGAUUUUGCAGCAGCACUUCCUCUACUACGAUGUCUAUGCGCGGAUAGCGUCGUGUUUCGGGUUUAUCCCACGAAAAAACUGUUUCACUGUGGUGUUUUUGCGAGAUCUGCAUCACAAGUCUGUCACACAUGACAGGGAAAAUUUGCCAUGCGCGCUUUCCAAGGGAAAACACGGUUAAAAAUCCAAUGUCCUGCACCAGGUGUAGCAAGACAAACACUUUGGUGCUUCGUUCUCUGCAUCACAAGUUCACAGUGAAGCAGUUUUUUCUUGCGAUAGGGUUCCUCAUUUUCCUGCACUUCAUCGGGUUCUUCCUCACCACAGACAUCGUGCUUUUCGAGUCCCUAUCCUGUGCAAAAGCAUCGUACUCGUAGUAAUUGCAUUUUAUGCAUUACAAAUCUCGUUCUCAAGGUAAAACAGCAUGACAAAUUCCAUUUGUCAUGCUGAGCUAAUUUGUAUUGCAAUUACUACUAGUACGAUUAUAGUUUUGCAGUUCAUAGUCCCACCCAGCGAUUGGCUUGGUUAUCGCGCUGCUUAUCGGGUUCGCCUCCGCCUGGUCGAGUUCGAUGGAUUUUCACUACGGGAGCGUGUACCAAAAGGAAAAAUCCCCCCUCCCCAUAUCAAAACGAAGUUUCAGAUGCUGGGUUCCCGUACACAAAUCAGAUCUGUCUUGCAGAAGUAGAGGACUGCAGGCAUAGGCCAAGCCUGAGUCGAGGGGUCUUGACAUAGGCACCUAGCAUGACAAACGUCUAGGCUAUAAGCCCAACCGCAUCACAAACCGCCUGCAUAAUGCGGCGGACUCUCGGGGUUCGCCUUCUUGGAACACAGAUAGGAUUUGUGGUCACAAAUCUGCAUCGCAAAUUUUCAGACGAGUGCGUUUUCAAGAUGGGAAGGGGGGACUUUUCCUCGCAAUAGCGUGGUCCGGCAGUUCUGCUUCAAAUCGUGCCAGAUUUUGAUGAUGUUCAGCUACUGGAUGACGAUGCUGCUCAAAGUGUGCAACAGCUCCGCCCAGAAGAACGGGUUCACGGGGAAUAACCCCUUGCUGAACAGCUAUACACUGUCCUUACUGCACUUAAUCUUCACGCCGUUACCCGCGCUUUUCCAGUUCAUCUUCGUGAUGCAGUUUUUCUUUCUGUCCCAACCCAUAUCAAAUGCAAAAAAUAUGUCUGGGUCUGGAAGAGUACAAACUUCUCAUGCAUAUUUUCCAUGCCCCAUGAGGUUUGGAAUGCAGGACCUGGCAUGACAGCUUCUUCGACGUCUCUAUGAUGCCAAACCCGCAUGACAAACUGCCUCUAAGCUUGUUCAAAAGUGGACAGCUUUUGGUAGUCAUGCAACACAUAUUUUUGUACGAUCCAGACUUAGCAUGACAAGUUCGCGUCCUCCCAGACCCAGACAUAUUUGCAACGCAUAACCCACGACGCGGAACGAAACGGGGAGGAGAGACGGUGGGGAUAAAGAACACGAGGAGCGGAUUCUGUCGGAUGCGGAGCAAAAAUACGUGUUGAAGUUACCCUACAAUUACCGCAUGACGGCAUUCGUCGAUAUUUUGGCCUACGGGAAUGUGUUGUCCGACCAAGAUCUAGUGCCCGUGGACAGCGAAAAAGUGGUCGACGCUGAGGGGAGAAGAAAGGCGGCCUGUGUGGCGGAUGUGGGAGGUGUGGGGGUGAAUUCAUCAUCUCAAAUUGAUGUUCAUCCAACAAACAGGAAUGGUAAAGCGGUGACGUUUCUUCAGGAUAGCAAUGUUGUCGAGGGAGAUAGAAACCUUCCUCCAUCGGGUAUUCGUGAGAUAGAAAUGACCGAUUUUGCGGCCGUCGGUGGUGGUGCAGCACGGAAUCAUCCUGCAGCAGUUGGCAAAGAUGAAGAGGAGGAACACAACGUCGACUUUUCAACGCUCCUUCAGGACGAAGAUUCCUCAAAAAACCAAGACGGUGUGGUUCUUCUGGAAAAGUGUCUGAAACAGCAGAUCCAGCUCUACUGCGAUUUGUUGGCGUGGCUGCGGGUGAUAUAUAACCCGCCGAAGUUGCAACGACACGGUGCAAAUGAGACGAGAAACGACAAGUCCAGAGCCGCAAAUUCAAAAAAAUCCUUGAAUUAUGGGCGCGAAAGUAGCACUUCUAGCACAACUUCCAGCGACACGAAGCUCUCCAGGAGGUUUGCGCGUCAUGGAACAACUACACAGCACUCCACUGCUCCCCUGACCUCUUUCUUCCUCGACAGUUACGACGAGACACUGCGAAAUUCAGAACCGGGAUUUGUGUUGCGGAACGACAAGAAGAAUGCGGAGAAAAACAGUGAAGAGGACCAAGAAGAGCCAGACAGAGAAGAUGAAGUUCAAGAUCAAACGGAUAGCACGACCUCGACAGCCAACCAUUCCGGGUCUGAGGAAAUCGAAAUAUCUCCCAGCAGCCAUUUAAGUGACGGCGGGUUCGAGAAUUACUGUGCCCAACAAAUCCGGGAUUACGAGAAAAACAACGCGUUGCUGACCCCGGAGGAGGAGGAAGUUGAGAAGGAGAGGAAAGAAGAGCAGGAAAACCGGUUUUUGCUCGAAAACUGCAUAUUGCAAGGAAAAAUCCCCCCUCCCCAUAUUGAAAACACGUCCUUCCGAAAAUUUGUGAUGCAGAUUUGUGACCCCAAAUCCUGUCUGUCUUGCCAGAAGGCGAAUCUAGAGAGUCCGCCGCGAUAUGCAGGCGGUUUGUAAUGCCGCAAGGCCUACAGGGCAGACGUCUGGCAUGCUAGGCCCCUACACCAAAAGGCCCCCCCUUAGGCUGGCGAUCUGCGUGCAGUGCUUUCCUGCAAGACAAAUGUGAAUUGUGUACACAAAUCCCGCAUCACAGAUUUCCGUUUUGAUAUGGGGUGGGCGCUUUUUUCACCUUGAUACUGCAAGUGGAAAAUUCUUUCCUUGAUCGACAAAAUACGGGGGUUGCGGAGAAGAUCAGCUCUGACAGGAGUGGGGCAAGAAGUACUAGAGCAGCAAUCGCUGCGGGUGCCGGUGGCCCCCGCGGGGGAGAACAGGGAGGACGGAAAUGAAGCAAAUGCAAACCAGGACGUUGUUCAAAAACCCCUUGCGCUCCUCGUCGACGAGCAGUAUUUCGAAGCAGAAAUCGCGAAAGCAACGGCUGAAAACAGCAGCGGAUCUACUUCUACUUCGAGCAAGCCCUACUGGAUCGAAAAGGAGUAUUAUGACCCCAACACGGGCACGCCACUGUACUUUUACGUUUGUUCCAACGAAGGAGAGAAAAUCCGGUACUCCAUUCCAUCCGGAACAUCAACGUCCGAAGCGGGUCUCAUCCGCCAAGAUUUCUUUCCCAAUCAGGUGGAAGUGCUGGUGAGCAAUCUGUUAAAUUUGGAAAAGGAAAUCGACGCUGCGGAGGUUGUGGUGGUUGACGACAAAGAGCUACACGAUGGUAAAAAUGCUGAACAUCAAGAAGAACUUCAAGGUAGUACUACUAGAAGCCAACCAGCUAAAGGAACAACUGCAGCACGACCCUGUGUGGUCUUGGGGUGCAAAUUCGUCAGGAAAGUGAAGCACCCCUUCGCCAGUUGGUGGACGCGCAAGGUCGCACGGUAUGAGACGCCGAAUAUCACGGGGGAAAUCCAGACGCUGGAACGCAGCGCGAUUGCCGCGGGAAAGUUGCCGUUACAUAUGUACAACAUUCUGGUGGGCGUGUACCUGCUGUGCCUGUUGCUGGCGUUUGUGUUGCAAGUUUUCCAAUCCGCGAUGGUGUUUUCCGAAAUGGAGGUAGACAAUUCGGUGAAACCGGUUCUGGUGAAUGAAAACUGGAAAAACGCGUGGGGAGCAGUAGUAGAACAGGGAGGGGAAGCAGCAGUGGCAGCUCCUGACGAUCACCAGACCAGCAGCUUUGCGCAGCUCCAAGACAGAUCAUGGAGCGAGGAGGAUAGAUCUACUUUUAUUGGUAGGAGUAGUACGAUGUCAGGGUCAGGGAGCAGAUUCAUCGUGGAACAAAGUGCAGAAGCUGGAACUGGAAGGAGUAGUACACGAACCUUCCAGGGUCAUAAUUUUGACAACGCUUCAUUGUUUGACAUUCACAUUGACUCCAGCAUGGUCGAGCGAUUCGCAGCAAGCAGCGCAGGAACUGUUGCUCCGUCUACACCGCUACUGUCAACAUCGCAGUUUCCGCUCACGUCAAAAGUUACGCAGAUGGGGUGCAGCAAGUCCCCAUCCUUCUCUCAGCCCCAGCGGCUCUUCGCCAUCGCGACGGACUUCGAAGUGGUAUCGAACACAAAAUGCGACAACUCCAUGAGAAAGCACUCUUUCUACGCACAAAGCCAGAAGAAAAUCGUCAGCCGAAUUGGGGGUUUAGGAUUUAGGAAAGAAGAACGACUUAUUGUAGACGAAACAGGCAACAGUGGCGACGUGUCGGCACCGGCGACGAGGAAUGAAGAAGUCGUGUUUUUAUCCACGCUUCACGACCAGGGCCGGAAAAUCUCGGAGUGCAAUGUGGAAACGGGAGUGGUUGAGACCAAUUACGAGAUCAAGGGAACGCUGGAGAACAGUACGCCGUUGCGGGCGGCUUCGAUGUACCUUUUCCAGGACGAAUUCUUCCUGAUCACGAGUACGGAAAAAAACAACGGAAACAACGGCCCGAGCAUCUACUUGAUGGGAAUAAAGGACAAGGAAGAAGAUAAAACUCCCACUACGAGCGACAGCACAGAAGCAGAUCUACAACUUCACGACGAGGUGAAGACGCGAAGAUCUUCUUCCACGACGACCAUGCCUCAGCAAAAAAUUUUGGUUCCACUGUUGGAACUGUUUCCAAAGUUUUCGCUGUACCUUCGCCAACACGUGGCCUACCCCUACGCGGGAGAUCUGUCCGGCGCCGUUCCCAUGGGCGAGUCGCAGCAGCCCCCCACCCGGGACGCGAAGACAAAACAGAAAAGGCAGGAGUUUUUCCACCAGUUUGCGAUCGCCAAUUUCUGGAUCGUGAAGAAGACGCCGGAGGUGUUGGAGACACAGUUGCGGGCGUACGGAGGUGGUAAAGGGAAGAACAAGGCGAUGAAAAACCUAGCCGAUUUGGAUGCAAUCGUCGACCCGCAGAAUCCGGAAUUCUGGAAGAAGUACGUGAUCCAGGGGCUUUUGGAAACGGGGUCCUUAUUCGAGUACGACCAUUUCUCGGAAAAGUUCAACCUCAUCUACCAAACGACGCCGCUUCUGACGGCCUGCGAAAUCUCCGAGACCAGAAUACGGGCGACGAUGGCGGGAGAGGCGUUUUUUGAAUACGAGAAAAAGGACUUGGGUCUGCAGUUUUAAUACUAGUAGAGUGUAUAAUUUUCAAUGAACAAAAACAUGUUGUCUACUUUCAUAGUGAGUAAGUAAAAGUUGUCCAUGGACCUCCACGCUUGGUCCACUGCUUUCGCUCUUGCUGUCUUGUUUCCGUCAUCUAUCAACUCGUUGGAGAGCAGAAUCAUCAGGCGGCCCAAUGGGACGACGAUAUUAAGUACUGGAUCUGUUCAACAUUAUCUUGC